GCGACGUCGCAGUCACACUAGAGAUACGGAAGCUUACCGGGUUAAUUUCGCAUUGAUUAAAGUAUAUUCUAUAAAAACCUAAAAUGGCCACCUACGAAGAAGUCAAGGAUGUGCCAAACCAUCCGGAGACCUACCUAUUUGAUGUGCGCAAUGAAAUAGAGCUGAAGGAAACCGGUGUCCUGCCUGCCAGCAUAAACAUACCAUUGCCCGACUUGGAGAAGGCCCUGAACUUGCCAAAUGAGGAAUUCGAACAGGCCUAUGGACGUGCAAAGCCUCCAACUGAUGCGGUUCUGAUCUUCUCCUGCAAAGCAGGAGGACGUGCAGCCAGAGCUGCAAAUUUGGCUAGCACCUUGGGAUUCACAAAUGCGAAGGCCUAUGCCGGUUCCUGGACGGAGUGGCAGGCGAAGGAAGCUGGGAAUUAAUUAUUAUUCCUUUCAAGAUCCUAUACAAUUGAUUACCCUAAAUAUAAAAUAUAUAUUUUAUAACUACACCCUAA